AUGGGUGACUGUUUGGGCCGUACUCCAUUUGCGUCCCUAAUUGCGGGUUUUAUUGUGUUAUGUGGCGUAGGAAUAUUCUGUGGAACAGUAUACAGGGCAUCACAGGAAAUCCUAGAUGGAAUCUUGUUGGGACUAUAUAAUGUUAAUGUAACAUGGUUAAAAACCAUACAGGUGAUCUUCAUUAUAGUCGCCGUUGUCAUGGGAUGCUUCGCAAUCUUUCUUUUUGUGUUUGGUUGCCUAGCAACAGGUGCUACAAGAGAGAAUGUGUAUCAAGGAGCCAAGUGCAUUAUGGGAGGAAGAGUUUCAGCUGGUGUAUUCAUGCUGAUAACAUAUAUCCUGAACCUCAUCUGGAUGGGUGUGACAUCAGUGAUGGCCAUGCCCAUCAUCAUCUACAUUAUGGUGAAUAGCAUUUGUGUCAAUGAGUUUCAAGGCCAAGGAGACUGGUUCUUUGAAAGUCCUUGGAGAGGAUGCGUGAAUAUGUCAAGAUUUGGUAUAUACUACGAAGGCAUCCCUAAUCUCACUUACAAUUACACUUGUGGAGCAACUAAUGUAGGAAAAUUUUGUCAGCACGUAGACACCGCUGGAGUAAUGUUCAGUAUUGCAUUUGCUGGGUCCCUGCUAAUUGUUUUGGGAAUGGUGACCUUCAUGUUAGCAAUUUCCGCUAACUUCACAAGAAUAAAGUCAGGCUCUGAGAUAAAAGACUAUCGACAACAAAUUGCACUUUCAAAUGACGCAAUCAGUAACACCUCAGGACCCUUCUAGGCUAAGGUGAGCUUUCUAAUUGCGCUUUCUUCAAACUAUACGAGAAUUAAAGUUUCUAAAGAGCUAACGGAAUAUAGGCAGGCAGUGGAAAUGGAAACAAUGGACUUCAAUCAAACAGAUAACACAACUAUCGAUGGUAGUCGCUAUAGUAGCAAACAGCCAUUUUGAAACAUGUUGCCAUAGUGACCGCAUGUUACCAUAGCAACCAUACAACCACUUUAAAUAGCAUAAAUACGAGAAACAUGACAUUGUUCUGGAUUUUUGUAGAAUUUAGAUUUAUUUCAUAGAGUUAAGUAGACAACAAUGGUUUAUUAACCUCUAUGUCAUAUUCUUUAAUAUUUUAUAUGUUUGAUUAAACCACCCAAGUCCUA